CAAAAAGAAUUAUAAAACAUUCUUUAUUGUGGAAGUUUUAUGUUGGGACCUUUUGUGAAUUUAUCAUCAAUUAAAAACAAAACCGAUGUUAAAAAUCGUUUGAUGAGUUAAAAGUUGUUUGCAUUUUUCUAAUUUGAAUUUUAUUUUAAUUGUACGAGUUCAUUCAUUGAAAAGUUUGUAAGAACUAGCGAUAUUUUUGUGUUCUUUCCAAAAGCAGCUUACAGAGUAGGAAAGAGACAUCUGAAUUGAAGUAAAUAUUGAUUGUCAACACGUGUGUUGCCGUGAUUUAACAAAACCAACUGUUUAAAAGCUUGUUUCCGUGAAACAAUCUAGUUGUAAUGGAGGCUCAAAUUAGCUCCACUUCUACAUUGUUGGAAAAUGCAACCUACGAUGGAAAUUUUCUUGUUAAUGGCGAUUCAGUCAUAACUGAAAAGAUGUUGCUUGAAGAACGCAUGUUGGAAGAGAAGACUGUUUCUGAGGAACAAGAAUUAAGGAAGCAAGUGCUAGAGGCAAAGAAAAAGGAAGAGGAAGAAACAUGCUUCAAACGACUUCAUCUUUUGCUGAGUAGAAGUAGUAUUUAUGCAAAGUUCAUGGCAGACAAAUUAAAAAAACAUGAAGAAGAGACAAAAAAGAAGACUGAUAAAGAACAAGACAAGUUGAAAAAUUCAGUUGUAGAGAAUGGAGGCACUUCUAAACGCAAGGCAGCUUUCUCUUCAGCAAAGAAAAAGGCCAAAACUAAUCAAAAUAUUGCCAAUUUCUUUAAAACUCAGAAAGGAAAUGCUAAACCACUUGAAGAAAACUAUCAAAAUGGGGAUGAAGAUCCUUCAAAAUUAUCUCUUCUUGAGAGACAGCCAAAAUUGUUAACAGGUGGAAUUAUGCGUGAAUAUCAAAUUGAUGGUUAUGAAUGGCUUAAAACACUUUUUGAAAAUGGUGUAAAUGGUAUAUUAGCAGAUGAAAUGGGUCUUGGUAAAACUAUUCAGUGUAUUGCUUUUAUUGCUUACCUAGUUGAAAUGGGUGUUUCAGGACCAUUUUUUGUAUGUGGUCCUUUGUGUACAGUACCUAAUUGGUAUGCAGAAUUUAAAAGAUUUGCACCUGAUGUCCCAGUCAUGAUAUAUCAUGGUGAUAAAAAUGAAAGAGAGGAGCUAAGGCAGAAAAUAACAAAGAAAGUGAGACAUAAGGAUGUUUAUUGUUUUCCUGUUGUUAUAACUUCCUAUCAAAUUGCACUCAUAGAUGCAGCAAAGAUUGCAUCCUUUGAAUGGAAAAUGUUGGUUAUUGAUGAGGCUCAUAGAAUUAAAAAUUUCCAAUGCAAGCUUAUUGGAUCCUUAAAGAAGUACAAUGCAGUUCAUAGGCUGCUUUUAACUGGUACUCCUUUACAAAAUAAUUUAACUGAAUUAUGGUCUUUGUUAAAUUUCAUUCUUCCAGAAAUUUUCGAUGAUUUGCAAAUUUUCCACUCGUGGUUUGAUAUCUCUCGUCUUGCAGAAAAUGGAGCCACUCAAGAAAUAAUUGCUCAAGAACAAGAGAAGCAAAUUGUGUCCAAAAUUCAUCAGAUUCUUACUCCAUUUCUUUUACGAAGAACAAAAUCGGAUGUUGAACUCACUUUACCACCCAAGAAAACUGUUGUUGUCCGAGCCCCUAUGACUGAAUUGCAGCAAAAAUAUUAUACUGGUGUAUUAAAUUAUUCAAUUAAACAUUUGCUCAAAGGGCAUAAAAAAGAGGAUGAACUUAUAAUAACUGAUCAAGGGCGCCAUAAAAGAAAGUCAACAAAAACAGUCUUUUAUGGUGAAGAGGAUCUUGACUUGGAUGAAUUGUUUAAAAUUGAAACUAAAGAAAAUGUAUCUUCACUAGUACAUAAUGGAAAGAAUAAUAAAUUAGUAGGAAAAGAAAAUCUUCUUUCAGAAACACUUAAUGAAGGAGAAACAAUGUCUGAGAUUAAUCUAAAAUUAACUAAUCUUUCCAUGUGUUUAAGAAAAAUAUGUUGCCAUCCAUAUUUGAUUUCUUAUCCUUUAGAUCCCCGCACUAAUGAUUAUUUAGUUGAUGAAAACAUAGUGAAAAGCAGUGGGAAGUUGCUGGUUUUGGAUAUAUUACUUCCUCAGUUAAAGGAACGAGGACAUAAAAUUUUAUUAUUUUCUCAGUUUGUAUCAAUGUUAGAGAUUCUGGAAGAUUAUUGUACAUUCCGUAAGUUUAAAUAUACUAAAUUAUAUGGUUCGAUGGAUCUUGCUGAAAGGCAGGAACAGUUGAAAGCAUUUAAUGAAGAUGAAUCCAUAUUUAUAUUUCUUAUCAGCACCAAAGCUGGAGGUUUGGGGAUAAAUCUCACUGCUGCAGAUACGGUCAUUCUGUACGAUACAGAUUGGAAUCCUCAAGGUGAUCUGCAAGCUCAAGAUCGCUGUCACAGAAUUGGACAAACCAAACCAGUUAUUGUAUAUCAUUUAGUUAUUCCAAAUACUUAUGAUGAAAGAGUUUUUAAAUAUGCUGCAACAAAAAGGAAGCUGGAGAAAGUGAUUAUACAGAAGGGGAGAUUCAAUUCUAAGGAUGGACUGAUUCGGCAACAACAUGCUAUUACCAAAGAAGAACUUUUAGAGCUGCUAGAAUCCUCUGAUGCAAAUGGUUUUGUAAAUGCCGCAAAUUUUGUCAUACCUCCUAAAGAACUAGAGAGCAUUUUGGAUAGAAGUGAUAUGAUUGCAAAAGCUGAUAUGUAGAAAAUUGUUUGAUUCCAAGUACUUAAGUUUUAUGAUAUGUAAAUGAAGUUUCAUGUUUAUCAUAAAUCUCUCAUUCCAUCUGGUUAUCAUUUUUAAAAAUAUUUUAUAUAAAUAUAUAUUAAAAAAAUUAAGAAUUUUUUUUUGAACAUUUGAAAUUAGUUUUCAAUAUUUUCUGUUUAGUAUCUGUAUGUGGCUCAUUCAAAAAAUAAUAUCUGCACAUUUCUUAUUUUUUCCCCCUAUUUCUUAAAAUUAUUGAAAUUUCUCAUUUAUUUUAUGCACAAUUUCAUUUACUGUAUGUGCUUCAGUACCAGCUCAUUAAAAUUUGUAUGUAUAUUUGUACAUUUUACCAAUUCAUUGUUUAUACAGCGAUGCGAUUAAAAUUGCAUUUCCUAAUAUAGAAAUGAAAUUAUGAUGAUAGAAGAAAUUUCUUUAAAAAUAGUUUGCAGAGUUUUUGUUUUUGUAAGGUUUCUCAUAAAGAGCAUUUUGUUAAUAAAUGGUUAUAAUUAGCCUGCAUUUUCUCAGUUUGAAUUAAGUAGAUACUGGUGAACAUUCUUGUAAUGAAGCCCCAUUUUAUUUUCUAUCUGAACUGUGUUCAAUUGAAUAUCUUUAACUUAUACACCAUUACAGGGAAUAUAACUUGUUAAAGCUCUUGAAAAUGAAUAUUUGCUGUCUUUAAAUACAUACUUAGUACUUUAAAAUUUUAACUGAUAAUUUCCUUUUUGUAUGUAUGUGUGUGUAUAAUAUUUUAUUACGAAAAAGUAUCAAAAUUUGAUAUCAUAAGAAUGACAAAAUGAGACAAGUAGGAGGAUCCUCACAGAAAAAAAUUAUGAUUAACUAGGUUAGCAGUAUAACUGCUGUUUUCUUUUCAAGUAUAUAAUUAACUUGAGUUGCAUUUCUUAUCUGUGGUCUUGCAUUUAUUUUGAGCUUAAUGUAAUAAUAUCAUUCUAUGUAUAGUAGUUGAAUGUAAAAAUUUGUGAAAUAAACUUGGUAUAUAAUUUAACCUAAUUGCUGCUUAGUUUUUUAAAUUCACUUUUUCAUCUAGCUCAUUUUUCUGGUAUAAAAACAAUAUUUAAAGCUUUUAUAAGAGAAAUGGUGAAUUU